AUGAAGACUGUUGAGGCCGCAGAGGUGUAUAGCGGACUCUGCUGCGUGGUGGAAAUGUCCACAGUUGGGGUGCGGGCGCAGAGGCUUUGCAGCGUGAGGCAGAAAAUUAAUCCGUUGAUAGCCGAACGGGAUGCGCUGCGGGAUCGCCGCCAGAAGGCCGACAGCCAGCUGAAGAGUAUUCAAUUGGACAUGCUGCAAUUGAGCGAGGACAAGAAUCUCAAACAGGAAUGUGAUCGGCUGAAGGAGGACAACUGGUGCAUGUCCACGAAACGGGAGACAGCGGAUGCGAUCCGCCUGGAGCUGGAUCGGCACCAAGGCCUCUUGGUGGCUGCCCAAACGGAGGUGGAUCGACUGACCCAACCGCACGCAGAGACCUCACACGAGAAGGAUGUGCUCAGCUACGAGCUGCAGCAGCAGCGCGAACAAUUCGCCAAGCUCAAGCAAAGUCUACAGAGCGUCCAGUUCAAUGCAGAGCAGCAGGCCAAAAGGCUGGCGUCGGAGAAGAACAGUCCUUGUUCACAUCCACAUAGUGUGAUGGAUGUCGGCAGCAAUCGAAGGAUCUACCGGACACUGCGCGAGGAGAAGAAGUGGGCGGAGCAGUGGAAUUCCCAGCUGGAGUCCAAGCUGAAGCAGCUGCUCCAGUGCAAGCAGCUCAAUGAAAAAUGUGCCCAUAGCGGCGAGCUGCUGUAUAGGAAACAGAUCGCCUUCGACAAAAUCACAAAGCGAUACAACGCCCUGGAGUCGGACUUUGAGGUCAUGCUGCUGGAGAAGGAGGUCAAGAUACAUGAGCUGAAGGGCUCGCUCGAACUGGCCCAGAGUCAGUACAUCAAGCUGCCGGAGGCAAGGCGGGCGACCUUGGAGCACAGCAAUGCCCAGCUGAAUAGCCACAUGGAGGGGACCCUGGCUGAGCUCAGUUCGCUCGAUGAUCUUUUGCUCAAGAUUAAUAUGACUCGCGUGGGCCUCAGUCGCGCUGAUCGCAAUGGCCAACUCAAUGAGGAGCUGCCUCGGGCUAUGGGCAGUCCCCAAAGCCAGACAGAUGAUUUUAUCAAUCUGCAGAAGCAACUGGACGAGCGGAAGAAGGAACUGCUCCUGCUUCGUGAGCAGGAGCAGGAGGCACUACGUACCGUGGCUACAUUGAGUGAGGAGAAAACGCGACUGCAGCUGCGCCUUGUGCAAAUAGAACAGAAAUGGGGCGCAGUGAAACAAAAUUUGGCCACAAGCUAUUCGCAGCUACAGCUGAAAAUUAAUCUGUUGAUAGCCGAACGGGAUGCGCUGCGGGAUCGCCGCCAAAAGGCCGACAGCCAGCUGAAGAGUAUUCAACUGGACAUGUUGCAAUUGAGCGAGGACAAGAAUCUCAAACAGGAAUGUGAUCGGCUGAAGGAGGACAACUGGCGAAUGUCCACGAAGUGGGAGACAGCGGAUGCGCUCCGCCUGGAGCUGGAUCGGCACCAAGGCCUCUUGGUGGCAGCGCGAACAAUUCGCUAA